UGAGAACCGCGCUGGCCCCUCAAGCAGGCAUCCAAUAGGUUGGGAGGAGCAGCAAGAACACGCGUCGCGAUUGGCGGGUGCCCCGGUGGGCGGGCGUUGUUGCUAAGCAGGGUAAAGAUGGCGGCUCUGGACAGGGUCAAGGUGCUGGUGCUGGGUGACUCCGGUGUCGGGAAAUCGUCGCUCGUUCACCUCUUGUGCCACAACCAGGUGCUGGGAAACCCGUCCUGGACAGUGGGCUGCUCCGUGGAUGUGCGAAUCCAUGACUACAAAGAAGGAACCCCAGAAGAGAAGACCUAUUACAUUGAGCUGUGGGAUGUUGGAGGUUCUGUGGGCAGUGCCACCAGUGUGAAAAGCACACGAGCUGUGUUCUAUAAUUUGCUGAAUGGGAUAAUUUUAGUGCAUGACUUGACCAACAAGAAAUCAUCUCAGAAUUUGUAUCGCUGGUCUUUGGAAGCACUCAACAGAGAUGUUGCUCCAACAGGAGUUCUUGUGACAAAUGGUGACUAUGACCAUGAACAGUUUGGUGAUAACCAGAUCCCACUGCUGGUAAUAGGAACUAAACUGGAUCAGAUCCCAGAAACGAAGAGGAAUGAAGUUUUGACCAGAACAGCAUUUUUGGCUGAGGAUUUCAAUGCUGAAGAGAUAAAUUUGGACUGCACCAAUCCUCGUUACCUGGCUGCAGGUUCAUCCAACGCUGUCAAACUAAGCAGGUUUUUUGAUAAGGUCAUAGAGAAGAGAUACUUCUUAAGAGAUGGCAAUCAGAUUCCUGGCUUCUCUGAAAGGAAGAGGUUUGGAGGAGGAACACUGAAGAGCCUUCAUUAUGACUGAGCACUGAAGUCUUCCUUCAUUAUGACUGAGCACUGAAGAAGUGGAAGACAACUUUUCUGAGUUCCUAAAGACAUUCCUGUUCCCAUAGGAUGCUCAAAGACAGUAAUGCUUCUGUCAAGCAGAGUAAAAUGAUAUUACAGCUGGCUAGCCUGCUGAAGCUUCUGUUGUUGGAAAAGACUUGGGAAAGGUUUUCCAAAAACAUAAUCGGGAGCCUAGAUUAUUGCUUAGGAUUACAGACCAUCUGGAUCUAUGGGAACAUCUGGGGAAAGUGUGCAAUAAGUUGAAUGCCUCUCACUGCUGUGGGAAACUUCAUCAUACACAGCACGUAUAUGUGACAUCCUUGUAUUCAUUUGGAAAACUUAUGGACACUCUUUGCAAUGGUUUGCAUUCAUUUUACCUCUAAAGGAAAGAUGACAUUGAGUGGGCCUCUCAUGUACAAUAAAGUGACCAAAAGAAGUGAGCAAAACAUAA